AUGAACGUGGCCACGGUCAACGGAAGGCCUGAGCAGUGCUUGUGCGCCCACAGUUCCACAUUGUCUCCUCUGCCGAGCGGGGGUCUCCAGAUGAGCCUCUACACCAAGCAUCCACAGCCCCCGCUCCCCGCGCCCGCCAGCUGCCUCCUCGCACUCCCUACAGCUGCAUCGGACCCCGAGGCUUCUGGCCUGACUCCCCCAGGACCCCAAGACUUGCAGGCCCUGGGUACACCCACCCCUCGGGAGACACAGCAGGAUGUGGACAGCGUUUGUGCUGCCCACUGCAACAUCUGUGUGGCCUUCUUGGUGGCUUUCCAGCAGAACAAGGCCCUGAUUGGUGAUCGGGGCCUGCUUCCCUGCAGGCUGUACCUGAGGAGUGUCCAGCAGUACUUCCAGGGCCAGGCCAGCUGGGACGCCUGGAGCUAUGCUCCAACCCUCUUCUGGCUGUUAGACUGGGCGGAUAUGAACUUCAACUUGGACCUUUUUGCACUGCUGGGGUUGGGCAUCUCAGCCUUCAUCCUGGUGACCGGCUGUGCCAACAUGAUCCUCAUGGCUGUCCUCUGGGUCCUCUACCUGUCCCUGGUCAACGUGGGACAGGUCUGGUAUUCUUUUGGGUGGGAGUCUCAGCUGCUGGAGACCGGGUUCCUGGGGAUCUUCCUGUGCCCCCUCUGGACCCUGUCCCGACUGCCCAAGUCCACCCCGCCAUCCCGCAUCGUGCUCUGGGGCUUCCGGUGGCUGAUUUUCAGGAUCAUGCUGGGAGCGGGCCUCAUCAAGGUCCGGGGAGAUCGGUGCUGGUGGGACCUCACCUGCAUGGACUUCCACUAUGAGACGCAGCCCGUGCCCAACCCGCUGGCCUACUACCUGCACCGGUCGCCCUGGUGGCUCCACCGCUUCGAGACGCUCGGCAACCAUGUCGUGGAGCUGCUGGUGCCCUUCCUGGUGUUCCUCGGGCGCCGGCCGUGCCUCCUGCACGGGGUGCUGCAGAUCCUGUUCCAGGUAGGCCACGGGUGGGUGGCGACACUGGUGGCCAGGGCUCCAGGCUGUCCUCUGUCCUGCAGGUGGGUCCGAGGAGAGCACUACCGGUACCAGUUCAGCCGCCCGGGAGGCAGGCACGCCGCCCAGGGCAAGUGGUGGCUGCGCAGGCGCAUUGGUCCCUACUUCCCUCCUCUCCGCCUUGAGGACCUGAGGGACUACUUUGAGGCACGGGAGUGGCCGCUGCCACAGCCCAUCUAGGCACACCCUGGAAUAAAGGCCAGAGACCACACCACAUGGAGCCCCCGUGUCCCUCAGCCCACGCCUGGACACCCAGCCGGCAGCACAGCACAAUGCAUAGAGGAUGACCCCAAGGCCACCGUCCCAUC